ACAUACCGAUGAUAAACAGAAUGACUAGAUAUUUAUAAUAUAUUUAUAAGCAGCAACUAGUAAUUACCUAAUUAAAUUAAUUUUUUGCUACUGCUAAACAGUUUGCUUAGUCUCACAAGCCAUUAAUGGUGGGUGAGGAAACAACUGAGUGUUAUUAAUCAAAUCAAUAAUAGUGCAAUAAAAUACAAGCAAUAUUUGUCAUCGUGCAAUUGACUUCUAAGCAAAGAGAUCAAUCAAUCAAUCGACAAUCGUCAAGAUGAACAGGAAAUUCUUGCCAAUUGCAGUCGGCGUGGUCCUACACAUACUGUUCAACAAUGUUGGGAUCCAGGCACAGCUCAACCUCGACCAGAUUGAGCUGCAGAAGCAGCUUCCGGAGGAGCUGCUGAAGUCGAACUUCACCAUCAACGAUGCCAAGGAUGUGUUUCGCAACAAGUGCAUAGAGGUGGCCGGCGAGGAUGCUGGCGGCAAGGCGUACGAAGAAAUUGAGUCCGGAUUUGCAGUUCUCAGCGAUUGCGUGAACGGCAUUGUCAACUAUACGACAAUGCAGCAGGAAAUCGAAGAGGCGAGCCCCGAGGGCGAGCUGGAUGUGGUUUUUAAUAAGUAUUGCAACAAGCGAUCCAGUGCCAUUGAAUGCUUUGAUGUGUUCACCGCCAAACUCUCGCCUUGCCUUGACAAGGAGGAGCAGGAAAGUAAGGAUGUUAUCAAGCGGAUCAUUCAGAGUUUAUUGAACUUUGUUUGCCACAAAGAUGGAGACCAAAUAGCUUUGUUUAUUGCUGAGAAGGGGCCAGAGUGCCUCGAGUCCGAGAAGGACAAUAUCCAACAGUGCCUGAAUAGCACCUUUUCUACGUAUCUUAACUCUGCGGAUAUCCAUGACAAUAAGAUCAAAUCAAUACCCAAACUGAUUGUCGGCCAGCGACAAUGUGAUGAUAUGCUGAGCCUCCAGUCGUGCGUGGUCCACCGGCUGGAACAGUGCACCGACAUAACGCCAGCCAAUCUUGUGGAAUCAAUGUUCAACUUUAUCAGAAACGAAACCCUAUGUCGCAACUACCAGAAAUCUCCCCUAACCGCAGCCGCCGCCAGCAGCAGUCCAGGCGUUCAGGCAAUGCCUUUCUUGUACUCUUUGUUUCCCAUGUUUAUUUUCAUGUUUGCUUUUCACAAAUCUGCAUAGUUCUAAGUUGCAAAAGUACCGCUUGAAUCUCUCGAAUAUCUCGAAUAUAUUUACUUUUUCAUUCGGCGGCACACACCUUAUCAAGAUUCAAAAGUCAAGUAAAUAAUUGAUGGAAGGUCGUGUGGUGUGUGCAUAUGGAUUUUAUGGAUAUUAUUUAUGCACUGGAUUUACAUACAUACAUAUAUCUGUACUCGUUUUAAGUGUUUACUCAAAAUAUGUAAUAACUAAUUUGUAUUACCGGUGCUAGCACCAUUCCAUAGGUCAAACCCAAAUAUGGAGAUGGGCGUGCCACAUGGCUGGCUACUACUCUUUUGCACGCAACUCAGGCCGCGUUCAAGUCUCUAUAAUAGUAAUUUACAAAAUAAAAACAAAAAUGUACGACAGCUUAGACAUUGUCGUACCCUUUUGGCCAUGUCGUGCGUCCAUCUCUAAACUAUGUAUUAAAUUUAAUGAGGCCUUUGCUUUUUCAUGUCUAUUGCUUAUUGUUUUUUUUUUUUUGUCACGGCAAUGAAUCUUGUGUAUUAAUCUGAUCGAACGGAUCAAAACACCCAAUGGGAUCGGAUUAGGGAUAACUCUUAUAGCUCAUCAUGAAGUGGGUACGGGCUAAAGGAAAUUAUAUUUAUAUAUAUGUAUUGUAUGUUUUUUAAAUGAAUACAAGUAUCAUAAAUGUGCAAAUAAAGUGAUAUAAAUUUGAAA